CACCAAAAAGACUUGGAAAAUACCCCAAAACCCAAAAUAAAGUUCGUUUCGGCUUUAGAAAAGAUCCAUAAUUCAUGGAUGCUAAAACACUUUCUUUGUAUUAUGUGUUACUUGGACUCCACACAUUCACAUUUUGUAUUUCCACAGACACCAUCAUCAUCAACCAAACCAUCAGAGAAGGGGACCUUCUGAUUUCCAAACAAAAUAAAUUUGCACUGGGAUUUUUUAGCCCUGGCAAUUCCAGCUAUAGAUAUCUUGGAAUUUGGUUUUUUACGCUACCAUUGCAAACUGUUGUGUGGGUGGCCAACAGGAACCAUCCAAUCAUUGGUUCUGCAGGUGUUCUUUCCAUCAACCAAUAUGGAAAUCUUGUUCUAUACGGUAAUAGAGAUGAAGAAGUUCCAGUAUGGUCUACAAAUGUUUCAAUGGAUGUAGCAGAUGCUUGUGUAGCUCACCUCUUGGAUUCGGGAAAUUUGGUUCUGGUCCAAGGUAUAAGUGGAAGAAUUGUAUGGCAGAGCUUUGAUUAUCCUACUAAUACUUUUCUACCAGGAAUGAAACUUGGGCUUGACCGUAAAACAGGUCUGAACUGGUUCCUGACAUCGUGGAGAUCAACAGAUGAUCCUGGAAUUGGUGUCUACUUACUGAAGCUCAACCCAAUUGGCUCACCACAAUUUUUUCUGUACGAGGGCUCCAAACCUUACUGGCGAGGCACACCAUGGCCAUGGAGACCAAUACCAAUUAUAUACAACUUCAGCUUCGUUAACAAUGAAGAAGAGAUAUCCUUUUCCUACUCUCUUGAUGAUAGUUCUGUUCUGUUUCGAAUGGUGCUGGAAGAAUCAGGAAUGCUCAUGUGGGUUUCAUGGCAUGAAAGUGACGGUCAAUGGAAGGAGUUCUGGUCAGCAUCCAAGUAUCGUUGCGAUUCCUAUGGACGCUGUGGUGCUAAUAGCAUGUGUGAUCCUAACCAUGUCAAUACAUUUGAAUGUUCUUGUCUACCUGGUUACGAACCCAAGUCCUCAAGAAACUGGGUUCUGAUGAGAGAUGGAUCAGGUGGCUGUGUUAGGAAGCGACUGAAAUCUUCAUCAGUGUGUAGGCAAGGGGAAGGGUUCGUGAAAGUGCCUCAGGUUAAGAUUCCUGAUACUUCAACGGCAGUUUGGGUGAAUACAAGGAUGACUAGGUUGGACUGUGAACGAGAAUGCUACAAGAAUUGUUCAUGCUCUGCCUAUGCGAGCAUAAAAAUUCCAGGGAAAGAGGUUGGCUGCUUGGCUUGGUAUGGGGACUUGAUGGACAUAGUGGCUCUUAUGGAUCAUAGCGGCUACGAUGUGUAUGUUCGAGUUGAUGCAAUUGAAUUAGCUGAGAUUGCGAGAUCAAAUGGUUUUCUUGAAAUGAAGGGUAUGCUGGCCUUUCUGGUAGUUUCAGUUUCAUCAGCAUGGUUUGCCAUUAUCAUAUUUGCCUAUUUGUGGCUGAGGAAGAGAAAGAAAAGAGUGAAGAAUAAAUCCAAGAAAAGACUGUUUGAUUCUAUCAGUGGUUCACACUAUGACAAAGAUACUUUGGAAGCAAAUGAGCUCCAGGCAAGCAGGAGUCAUCCAGACUUAGCAUUUUUCAAUCUUAGCACCAUAUUUGCUGCCACUGAUAAUUUUUCUCAAGCUAACAAAAUUGGACAAGGUGGUUUUGGAUCUGUUUAUAAGGGUCAGCUAACUAAUGGAAAGAAGGUUGCUGUAAAAAGGCUAUCAAAAAAUUCAGGGCAGGGCAUAGAAGAAUUUAAAAAUGAAGCUAUGUUGAUUGCCAAGCUUCAACAUAGGAAUCUUGUGAAACUUCUAGGAUGUUGCAUUCAGGGAGAAGAGCGAAUUUUGAUUUAUGAAUACUUGCCAAAUGGAAGUUUGGACUUGUUUCUAUUUGAUCCAACUAGAAGUUUAUUAUUGAAUUGGAGUAAACGCUUCGAAAUUAUAGUUGGAAUUGCACGCGGAAUCUUAUAUCUCCACCAAGACUCAAGGUUACGAAUCAUCCAUAGAGAUUUAAAAAGCAGCAACAUCCUCUUGGAUUUAGAGAUGAAUCCAAAAAUUUCAGAUUUUGGAAUGGCUAGAAUACUCAAAGGUGACCAGAUACAACACAAGACUCAUAGAGUUGUUGGGACAUAUGGCUAUAUGUCGCCAGAAUAUGCUGUGUUUGGAAAAUUUUCAAUAAAGUCUGAUGUAUUUAGUUUUGGAGUAAUAUUGUUGGAGAUUAUAAGUGGCAAGAAAAGUAAUGGUUUCCAUCAAGAGGAUCCUUCCCUAACCUUGAUAGGACAUGUGUGGGAGCUAUGGAAAGAAGGCAGAGCAUUGGAGAUGGUUGACUCAACACUAAAGGAAGCAUACAAUUCCCAUGAAGUUAUGAAAUGUAUUCGCAUUGCACUUCUAUGUGUGCAAGAAGAUGCAAUGGAUAGACCAACUAUAUCAGCAAUUAUUCUCAUGUUGGACAGCGAAAUCGAUCUUCCUUAUCCAAAACAACCUGCUUUCAUUUUCAGAACUUCUUGCAGCAGUUCAUCAAUAUGGGAAGGACGAAGUUCUAUAAAUGAAGUGACAAUCACUGAAACUGUACCUCGCUAAUUGAAGAGUACAUACUCUCGUAGACAACAUUAAAAUUCUAAUUGUGCAGAAUUUUAUGAUACCUCAUGUGAAUUUUUGUUAGAUUAGCAUAACAUCCAUCAUAAUCAACUGUGUACCUAUACGUAGCAGCAAGUCUGAUUCUUGAUUCAUUUUAGGUUGUUUUCAGGGUUUUAGAGACAUUGAGGGGGAAAAGAGAUCUUAAAUGAUUUUUGUUUACAGUA